CGGUCGGCGGCACAGAGCAGCACGCUCGGUGGUUCCCGUGUACGGCCCAAGGAUGCGUGUCCUCUGUGGUCUCCCGCUGCUGCUUCUUGCAGCUGCGGCAAAUGGCGUCCUCUUCGACGUGGUGCCUCCGACCCAGUCGGGCGGCGUGGUCUACAAGGUUCGGGCCACGGUUGCCCUGAAGAGCCCCGACCUGAGCGUGACCGAGGGCGCGGGACUCCAGUACGCGGGAGACCUGGCCCUCUACUCGUCGGGACAGGACACGUACUUGGCGCAAUUCCUCAACUUCUCCGUGGUCAAGCACGAGAAGCUGUACGGCGGCCUGGACAACCUGACCGCCGUGCCCCUCAACGAGUCGGUGCCGCUGUUCAACGAGAGCAGCGCGGUGGACUACUCGCAGAAGUUCCGCCUGCCCGUCAAGUUCGUCCUCAGCGCCGGCAAGGUGGUGAAGUACGAAGUCAGCCCUGAGGUCCCUGUCUGGGCUCUCAACGUCUACAAGUCCGUGCUGACCCUCCUCCAGAACCAGGUUGAGACUCCCCAGGAGGUUCCGGUCGCGGCCGCCUAUUACGAGGACGGCGUGAGCGGACACUGCCGCGUCACCUACGAGGUGCACUCGCUGACCAAGUUCCUGCCCACCGAGGGCAAGGUGUACAACGUGACCAAGACCAAGUACCUCGACGACUGCAAGCUGCCCCGUCCGGUGCACAGCGUCAGCGGCGCCUACAGCAAGGGAUACCCCGCCGUGUGCGCCAAGCACCUGCCCAACAACUUCCUCCCGGGAUUCCAGGAGGACACGUCCGCUUACGAGAGCAAGCCGCUCGUCGGAUGCCCCGAGGGACUCAGCCCGGUCGACUCCGUGGUGACCGCCCACGAGGUCUCCUACUACAACGUCAGCGGCAGCCUCCUCGAGAGCGCCCUCUCCGACAGUCUCGCCGUCCUGCCCCUUCUCACCACCAGGGUCGUGGUUCGUACGCGCCUUCAGCUCGAGCUGGCCUCCCUCUCGGUGCCGCCGACCAACCCCGUGGCCUUCAACGGCGAGCCUCACACCUCCCUCGAGCACCAGCUGCCCGAGGUCGCCGAGUACCUCGAUCUCCCCGUCUACAGCUACCUCGUGGGAAGCCCCGAGCAGGUCAAGCCCGAAGUCUUCACUCAGGUCCUCGAAGAGGUCGCUGAAGAACUUGUCAGCGUCGAGCUCGACACUGAGACCAAGAAGACUCCCGCGCUCAUGCUCAAGCUCGUGCACAUGGUCUCGCUCCUCAACACUGACCAGCUGAAGCAGGCCCUGCCCCAGUCUCUCCUCGCCAACACCAGCGUGCUGGAACCCAAGCAGCAGGUCCUCAGGGCCCUGUACGUCGACCUUCUCGGCAAGGCCGGAAGCAAGUCCGCCGUCGAAGUGGCUGUCCACCUCGUUAAGCAGCAGGUGCUGAGCUUGUACGAGGCUACCCGCCUCCUCCGUGAGCUCUCCGUCUUCCAGGCUUACGUCGACAAGGACACCGUCGAGCUUCUCUUGGAGCUCUGCAAGGCCACCGAGACCGUUCUGCACCCCCUCGUCAAGGUCGCCGUCUGCGACACCCUCGGUGAAGCCGUGAAGAAGGCCUGCCCCACCAAGGUCCACUUGGAAGCAGUGCCCUACCCGACCUACAAGAGCAGCUGGCGUCGCAUCCCCAAGCUCAAGACCCGCUACGAGCAGACUCCCGUGGUGCCCAAGCACCUGCUGCCGUACGAGUCCGUCGAGAGGCUGGUUCUUCCCCAGGAGAAGCAGUGCACCGUCGCUGACCUCUACGAAUACGUUAACGCUCUUGAGGAGGCCCUCAAGGUCACCAAGGACUUCAAGGUCCUGGUCGGCUACCUGAACGCUCUUGGCAAGGUCGCCAAGCCCGAAGUGCUGCCCGUCCUUAUGAGCUACCUGAACGGAAGCGCCGAGAACCUCUACGAGCUCGCGGAGCAAGAAGAGGAUGUCACCGAGACUGUCUACUUUGUCAAGAAGGCUGUUCUCCUCGCUCUCAGCCACGUUGUGGAGUACUUCCCCAAGGAGGUGAGCCCCCUGGUCCGUACCGUCCUGCUCAACGUCAGCGAGCCAGUUGACGUGAGGACCCUGGCCUUCGACGUCUGGCUCAAGUCCGUGCCCACCAAGUGGGACCUGCAGACUGUGUCCCUCGUUGUCAAGCUUGACCGCAGCCUGGAGCUUAAGAGCUACGUCUACUCCGCCCUCGAGUCCGUGGUCAAGGACAAGCACCCCGCCAACCACGUUCUGGCUAGCCGCGUCCGUGGAGUCUUCGUGCACUUCGAGGCUCUGAACGUUGGUCCUCGCUACUCCAAGUACGUCAAGAAGACCUACUACAACGUCGCCAAGCAGUUCGGAGUCGAGUCUCUCUUCAAGCACGUCGCCAACAACGUUUCCUACUUCCCCACUCACCUCCACGCCGGACUGAAGUACAACCUCGGCCCCUACGUCAAGACCCUGCUCGAGGGCAAGCUCCUGCUCAAGGGUGGUGAGAAGUUCCUUGCCGAAGUCUUCUCUACCUAUGGCACCUCCACGCUGCUGAAGAGUGUCCCUACCAGGAAGAUCGGGUCUACCUACGAGAGCGGCGCCAAGUACUCCGUCGUCAAGGAGCUGAACCUUGAAGCCCGCAAGGUGGAAUUCCCGAAGGCCGUGCUGUUCGCCAAGUUCCUCGGUGGAGACGCUGUGCUGCCCGUGGACAAGGAACUCUUUGAGCAGCUCAAGAGCGAACUGGUCGAGUACCUCAAGAAGGUCGCGUCCUCUGGCCCGGUGACCACGCACCUCGUGCGCGUGCUCCUGCCAAAGAAGUACGUCCACGUCGAGCCGACCGUCGUUGGUCUGCCCGUGGUUCAGACCGUCCUGCACCCGAUUGUUGUGUCCCUGAAGCUCAAGAACGUCUCCCUGCUGGCUGAAACCUCUGUCGACUCCCUCCUGCCCGUCACCCUCAACGUCACCGGAACCGUGCAGCCCCUCGUCCUGAGCGUCAAGCAGAACCACGUGUUUGUGCCCGCCGACCUGACUGAGGAGUCUCCCAGCGUUGUACACACCAGCGUCAAGCACCUGCACGCCAAGGCUCACCUGACCCUGGGCUACGACAAGAAGUACGAGAAGAAGGUCCAUGUCGCCGUGAAGCCGACCUUCGGCAGCGUCCUGCUGAGCGCCGUCAGCACCGAGCACGUCGUGGAGACCCCCAGCCCGUUCCUGCUGCUUGAGAAGCCCGUCGUUGACCCCAAGAAGGUCGUCGACAGCCUCGUGAAGCCCUUCACGUACCACAAGGUCUACGAGGCCAAGCUGGUGAACGUGGCGGUUGACGCCGUGAGCCACGGUCCCCUCCUUCCCCUGCCUCUGUACGGAAAGCUGUACCACCUGCCUACCGAGCGCAUGACCAAGUUCGUCGAGUACCUGACUCACACGGGAAGCAAGCAGCACCUCCUCAGGGUCAGCGUCAAGCCCUACGAGAAGGACCCCGUCAACGAGUGGGUGGCCACCUUCAAGUACGAACACAACCUGGACUACCUGGCGAAGGCCACCCUGAAGAAGGUCUACACCCCGACUAAGUCGUCCGCCUACAACGAGAGCGACGAGACUUCCUACGAGCACAUGAGCUACAGGCCCUCGACGCCCGCAUACGAGAGCUACGAGCCCGAGGAGAGCUACGACUACUACCCCGAGUACCACCAAUGGAACAAGACCCUCGUGAAGCACGUGCUCAACGUCACCCUGGAGGGCAAGCAGGAAGGCUCCCUCAAGAAGCUGACCAAGCUGGACUUCGCCUACUACCACACCGUCAACAAGACCCUCAAGCACUACUACGUCGACGUCAAGACCCUCACCAAGCCCCUGGUGUCCGUCUUCCUGAACCUGUCGCACCCCGUGCCCCCGAGCCCCUUCUGGUACGAGCCUUCCUUUGUUGGCAAGGACCUCGUGAACGCCACCCUGUACGUGACCUACGGCAACGAGCCGGAGCCUUUCGUGCUCACCUACAACGCCACCAAGACCGUGGAGCAGCUCAAGGGCCUGCACGCCUACGACGCCACUCCCCUUCUGCACUGGUUCGUGCCCCAGUGUCUGGCCGACCAGUACGCCGGUAACACCGUCAGCUACGCCUGCAGGCUUGCCACCGUGCACGACGCUCACCUGAACAAGCAGGUCGUCGCGUUCAAGGUGCCCACUCAGGUGAGCCCCAAGGUGAAGAGCGUCGCGCUCAAGGUCCUCUCGUACCUCAAGUUCAAGCUGUUCCCGUACGCCAGCUUCUACGCCCUCCCGCUGACCGAGCAGGAAGAGUACCACGUCGUGUUCAAGCUUAACAAGACCGACGUGAACCCGUACGUGACCGUGGCACACGGAGAGCUGCUCCUGCCCGGCGAGAAGGUUGUCCUGACCGACCUCAAGCUGUCCAAGUACCUUGUUCCCAACCUGGUCCUGUCCGGCUUUGACCGUCUCAAGCACUCGCUCUACGAGAACCACCCGCACCCGCCCUGCAGCGUGGGCAAGAACUGGGUCCGUACCUACGACAACGUGAGCUACCCGCUCGAGGUCAGGCCUAACUGCAAGUACCUCGUCACCAGCGACUGCAGCGCCAAGCACGACUUCGCCGUCGUUGCCCAGCCUCUUGACCUCACUGUCGGAACCAAGAAGCUCGUCGUCCAGCUGGGUCCCACCGUGGUGGAGCUUCCGCCUCCCGACCUGUACAAGGCCGAAGUCCUGCUGACCGUCAACGGCACCUACUACGUCGCCAACGCUACCCAGGAUGUCGUGCUGCCAUACAAGUGGGACCGCAAACUUCUCGUCACCGUGUACCCGACCAGCGGACCUCACGACCCGCCCGUCGUCAAGCUCACCAACUCGCUCAAGACCUUCAAGCUGCUCUUCGACGGUGUCAACUUCUUCGUUUGGGUGAACCCGCUGUACCAGGGCAAGACCUGCGGUCUCUGCAGCAACUACGACAACGAGCCGUACCACGAGUUCGUCACCCCCGAGAACUGGCUCGUGUCCAACUACUCGGAAUUCGUGGCGAGCUACGGUUUCGGCCUUCCCCAGUGCAAGGAACCCCUGGUUUCCGCCGUCCCCGUCCACUACCUCGAGCAACUGAAGAAGCCCGUGGGACACCAAAGCGUCUACCCGACCCACCACGAGUACCCCAGCCACCACCAGGAGUACCCGUCCCACCACGACAAGUACCCCAGCCACCACCAGAAGUAUCCUAGCCACCACCACAAAUACCCUAGCCACCACGAGUACCCGACUCACCACGAGUACCCGACCCACCACGAGUACCCGACCCACCACGAGUACCCGUCUCAUCACGAGUACCCGACCCACCACAAGUACCCGACCCACCACAAGUACCCUCCCCACCACGAACCCUACCCGCACAGCGCGAACCUCCAGCGCGAAGGUUAGCAUAUUUCUUUUUUAAGACACUGUAAUACACCAGCAAAAAGUAGGUUUCAGGCGCAUCGAGGCGUCGCUAUGUUCAUCUCUUCAAGCCGAAACUUGCUUCUUGAGUGUAUUGCACUUGUUUUGGAAAAAUAAACUCAAACUCGGUUUGACAGA